AAAAAAAAAAGACUCACCAUGGUUCAUGCUGAUGGUCAUACUUCUCCCGGUUUGAAACCAAACCCGACUCAUAUGAACAAAUUUGCUUGCGGCUGUGCCAUCGUUGCUUCCAUCAUCUCCAUCAUCUUUGGAUAUGAUACGGGAGUUAUGAGCGGAGCUCAGAUAUUUAUAAGAGAGGAUCUCAAAAUAAACGACACUCAGAUCGAAGUAUUGGCCGGAAUCUUGAAUCUUUGUGCUCUCGUCGGAUCACUAACGGCGGGAAAAACGUCCGACGUUAUUGGUCGACGUUAUACUAUUGCUCUCUCCGCCGUGAUAUUCUUAGUGGGCUCUGUUCUUAUGGGUUACGGCCCAAACUACGUUGUUUUGAUGGUCGGAAGAUGUAUAGCCGGGGUUGGUGUAGGGUUUGCUCUUAUGAUAGCUCCGGUUUACUCUGCCGAGAUAUCCUCUGCUUCACAUAGAGGCUUUCUCACUUCUCUACCCGAGCUUUGUAUUAGUCUUGGGAUUUUACUUGGCUAUGUUUCCAACUACUGUUUUGGGAAACUGACGUUGAGGCUUGGAUGGAGAUUGAUGCUUGGGAUCGCGGCUUUCCCUUCUUUGGUAUUGGCUUUUGGGAUUACGAAAAUGCCUGAGUCUCCGAGGUGGCUUGUGAUGCAAGGUAGGUUAGAAGAGGCAAAGAAAAUAAUGGCUUUGGUAUCCAACACGGAAGAAGAAGCCGAAGAACGGUUCAGAGAUAUUCUAAUCGCGGCGGAAAUAGAGGAGGAGACAGCGGUGAAAGAAGUUGGCGGUGGGGUUAAGAAGACUCACGGCAAAAGUGUAUGGAGGGAGUUGGUAAUAAAACCGCGACCUGCCGUGCGUUUGAUAUUGAUCGCGGCCGUGGGGAUACACUUUUUCGAGCACGCCACGGGGAUCGAGGCUGUCGUGUUGUACAGUCCGAGAAUAUUCAAGAAAGCUGGAGUAGUUUCUAAAGACAAGCUCUUAUUAGCCACGGUCGGUGUAGGUUUAACUAAGGCCUUUUUCAUAAUAAUAGCUACUUUCUUGCUAGACAAGGUAGGUCGGAGAAAGCUUCUAUUAACCAGCACAGGUGGGAUGGUCUUCGCUCUGACAAGUUUAGCGGUUAGUCUCACGAUGGUUCAGCGAUUUGGGAGGUUAGCGUGGGCAUUGAGUUUAAGCAUCGUCUCUACGUAUGCAUUUGUAGCGUUUUUCUCCAUCGGGCUUGGACCUAUCACGUGGGUGUACAGCUCCGAGAUAUUCCCGUUGAGACUUAGGGCACAGGGAGCGAGCAUAGGCGUUGCGGUUAAUAGGAUCAUGAAUGCGACGGUCUCAAUGAGUUUUCUAUCGAUGACGAAGGCGAUAACGACAGGCGGUGUGUUCUUCGUGUUCGCUGGACUAGCGGUGGCGGCAUGGUGGUUCUUCUUCUUUAUGUUGCCGGAGACAAAAGGAGUACCCUUGGAGGAUAUGGAGAAGCUCUUUGCCGGUGGGGGUCCUCGUGGUGAUCGCGACGGAUUAGAGAUUCAAUUUCAAACUAAGAGAGUCAAUAAUUAGGUUAGAUUAUCAUAGUUAUAUAUAUAGAAUAAUUUGGCAUGUAAUUUUUGUUUAAUCCAACAUGAUUUGGCUUAUCUAUUAAUUGUAUGUAAGGUGUGUUUUUUUUUUUUUUUUUUUUUUUU